GGCGGCCGGGGAAGAGAUCCGUAGAGGCCCCGAUCCACCCACUCAGCGACCCCGGCCCCUUCCGCAAGCCGAGCCCCCUUCUCCGCCUGCAUCCGGGGCGGGGGAGAGCGGCGCCUGCGCCCCAGCCGCACACGUGGGGCGGGGGGGUGUCUCUCUCUUCCGUGGAGGAGCCGUCCGGCUGCGAUGGGCAAGACCAAGGCCCGUCGCUUUCGCCCGCCGGCUUUCGCUCCGGCCGGCAGCCUGAGCGAGCAAGCGACCGAAGCCGAAGCCGAAGCGGGAGGAGAAGAGGAAAACUCUCCGGCCGCCGAGCUGCUGGAGAAGCUGCAGCACCCCAGUGCCGACGUGCGUGAAUUUGCUUGCGCCAACAUUUCCAAGAUGUUGCAGCAGCAACAAACGAUCCCAGCUUUUGUGCAACGAGACGUAGUUCGGCGGCUGGGUCCGUUACUGCUGGAUCCAAGCUUAGUGGUUCGGGAGACGGCAGCAGGAGCUCUGCGAAACCUCAGCGCCUGUGGAGGAUUUGAAGUUUGCAAUGAUAUGGUCGCUAAAGACAUCAUGACUCCUCUUGUUGCUUUAUUGAAGGAGUGCAGGGCAGGAUUUAUAGAAAACAACGGUUCCUUGAAGGAAGACAAGCAGACAGAGAAGAACCAGACGGAAGACAUCACUAAUGAAGCUGUGAAUUUGCUCUGGAACGUGUGCGAAUGCAACAGCACAGCUGUAUCAAUAUUCAACAAAGAAGGAUGCUUAGAUGUUGUUCUACAAUAUCUGAAGAAAUUUCAUACAAAUGUUGACCUGGCUAUCGCUGUGGCAUCCUGCUUACAAACCGUGACAGAAGAUAACCCAGACCUACUCUCGUCUUUCGAUGCACCUGCGCACCAGGUGCUGGAAAUGGUCAUGUUAUCAUCGGAGAAAGAUAUGGAACACAUCCUUUUGCGGACAUUGGUGGCAGGGGUAGCAUGGAACAUCAAGAGCACCAUGCCUUCGGGGAGCCAGGCGGGUACCAUCAAUGCCAUCCUGAAGAUUUUCUCAGACUGUCUAGCUGUGGAUGCUGGAGAGGCGGUCGUUCGGAUGAAGGAAGCCGAAACGGAAAGGUUGAAGACUUCAGUUGAAGGAAACGGAGUGAACGGAGGAACCUCCGUCCACGUAGGAGAGGAUAGCAUGGAAGAGGGAACUGGAAGGAUCGCCCGAGGAGAGAAGGACCUGUUGGAUCUACUGCCACGCAGCCAGCAGGAGUUGAAGCAAGUGAGUGCGUUACUUCUGGCUCAACAAACCGCCCUGGAAAUUAUCGUGAACAUGUGCUGCAAUGAAGAUUCCUCUGACGAAGAAUGGGAAGAGUUAUCCAGCAGCGAUGAAAGCGAUGCCUUUCUGGAUAACAGUUUCGAAGAAGAGGGAAAGCUCUUUUCUCCACUGUGCCUUUCAGCUGAAAUUCACACCGCCCUGGUCAACCAGUUCAUCCCAAAGAAGAUCCUGGAAAAAACUGCUUUCCCUAGUGGAGUGACUCUUGAUGUCUGUAUGCAACAUCCAUCUUGGAAGCCUCUGAUUAAAAAGUUGAACAUGAUCCAGUACAGAGCGCUAACCUGCCUUCACAGCAUCUUACUGGUGUCGGAUGUGGAUAGCCUGGGGGGCCCUCCAGUGCUUCAAUCCCUCUCACAGCAUCUGUCUCAGUUGAUUUUUUCUCAGCCAGAAUUUUCAAAAGAAGUGGAAUUUCUAGAAGCCGUCACCAGUGCGUUGCGAGCUCUUUUGCAAACGUUGGCAUCCAAUAAUAUACCUCAGUCCAUGACCCCGGAGCAGCUGAUGACUCUGUGUGAAACCGGAAUUCAGAGCACAAACAUCAGCGUCCGAAUCAAUGUGGUUAGCAUUUUGGGAAUUGCUGGGAGUGUCCUUGCCAAAGUGGAAGACACCACGGAGACCCUCAAGAACAUCGGAAAAUUCCUCCUCAACGUUGCGACGAAAGACCCUUCUCUUGUGGUGGUGGGAGAAGCCUUGGAUGCCCUUUUCGAUGUUUUUGCCGAUGGCAAAGAAGCGGAAAGGGCAGCGGAGGAAAUAAAAUUGCUUUAUGCGCUUAAGGAAUUCCAGCCCGUUUUCAAGUCACGGAUGCGAAAGGAAGGCAGAGGACAGUAUAACACGGAGCAACUAUGUGUUCUAGACAACGUGAAGCUGAAUUUAAGAAGAUUUAUUGCCUAUCAAGAAACAUUGGGCAGAAAGAAAAAAGUUUUGGAAUAGAAAUAGGAUGGAAAGCUCUAUUUUUUAUAUAGUUUUAUUGAAUGUUUUAGCCAUUAAUUCUAUAGGACUUUGUAACAACAGCUAGUAGGAGGAAAGGGUUAUGGUCUGCUUUUCAUAUUGUAUGUGUUAUAUUGUGGAGUGGGGGGAGAGGCAGAGAAAAGUGUGAAAAUGAAUUCAGCACCACAAAAGGGUCAAAAUUUGUCCUUAACGUGGUGAAGUGUUUUGAUUUGCAAUUCUUAGAAAAAGAAUGAGCAAAAAAAAUCUAAAAUAAAAGAUUAUAAUGGAA